AUGGGCUCGCCAAUAUCUGGACUGAUCGCAGAACUUGUAUUGCAGCGACUAGAAAAGGAGGUUUUCCAAGAUCUCAGCCCCAAAGUGUGGCUUCGCUAUGUAGACGAUACCUUUGUCGUGAUAAUGAACUGCGAAGUUGAACGGCUGCAUCAGAGGCUGAAUUACGUCUUCCCGGCCAUACAGUUUACUCGUGAAGAGGCAAUAGGGGACAGCCUGCCAUUUCUUGAUGUGAAAAUACAAAGGCUGAGCGAUGGUAGUCUCGCGACGAGCGUCCAUAGGAAAGGAUCUAAUUCCGAAAUUAUCCUCAAUUAUGGAAGCAACCACCCCGCAGCUCACAAAAGGAGCUGCGUUCGAACUCUGUUCCACCGGGCCUAUCGUUAUUGCAACAGCGCCGAUCUCCUUAAGAAAGAGCUUGCCUACUUGUAUCGGUUGUUUCGAUCCAACGGAUAUCCGACAAGUUUCGUAAAGAACUGCCUCAGACACCAGGCACAACCGCAAGCUCCCACCCUCAACGGAGAAACUGUGUCUCGACAAUUCUUCUCUCUGCCUUAUAUGCAGGGAGCGUCCGAAGUAAUCGCCCGGCAGUUAAAUCGCUCUGGUAUUCGCAUCGCCCACAAACCAGCAUCCUCACUACGCGCGGCGCUAUCUCGAAUCAAGGAUCCCCUCCCCAAAGAGCAACAAACAAACGUAAUUUAUCGCAUCCCGUGCUCAAAUUGCUCUUGCGUGUAUGUUGGUCAUACAGGUCGAAGCCUGGGCACCCGUAUUAACGAACACAAACUGGCUGUCCGUCGGCGAGACCCUCUGUCCCUCGUCUUUGCUCACGCACUCGAGUGCGACCACCGAUUCAAUUGGGAUGGCACUGAGGUCGUCGCCAUGGCUAACACAAAACGGGCGAGAGAAUUUCUCGAGGCUUGGUACUCCGAUGCUGGUAGUAUCAACCGCCAUGUUGAUCUGGACGCCCAUUAUGAGGGCCUACGCUCACGACUUACUGCCCCCCGCCCUGAUGCCACAGCAACGGCCGCCAACUUAGCCACCCGGAGUCCAAUUGAUCCACCAUUACACCCUCCCCCUCCAGCACAGGCAUCCAUAAUUGUUCAACCUCCCCCCUCGCUCAGAGACCUACCAUGA